UCCCCCCCUUCCACAAGCUGAUACCGGUCUAACUGAUUGAGAGGCAGUUAGGUGUUCUCUGGGGCUCUGCCGAACAUCUUUAUGGAGUUUUGGGUUCGUUUUUGCUACUCUCGGCUCAGACUAGUGAUUUAACAAAGAACGAGACAUUUUUACUGGGUUUCCUGUCCCGUUUUGGUGUUUAUUAGCAGCUGGAAGGUCUCCCCGAGCAGCUAUUAGCAAAACCUUCCAGGUAGACUGAGCUUCCAGCUUCAGCACCGGCCCGGUACCGGUGUUAGUCGUUCACCGGGACCAGGUCCGUGUAAUUGGAGGGAUGGAAGAAUUUGCACCAAAAAUGGAUGGUCUUCUGGAGAAUCUGUCUAAAGCUGAAUUCGUCGGCAUUUGCGUUCAAGAUCCCAGACUCCACAAAGACGAUCACUGGCACACGCAUGUCGACUAUGAGAUUUGUCUACAUACAAACAGCAUGUGUUUUCGGAAGAAGACUUCCUGUGUCAGACGCCGUUACAGUGAGUUUGUUUGGCUGCGGCACUGUUUGGCUCAGAACGGCCUGAUGAUAGAGCUGCCUAAGCUGCCGCCCUGGAACCCGUUUUUCUGUCUGAAGAACAGGCAGCAGGUGGACCAAAGGAUGAAGGGCCUGCAGGAGUUCUUGGAGAUUGUUCUUCAGAAUCCCUUGCUGUUAUCCGACAGUCAUCUCCAUCUGUUCCUCCAGUCGGACCUGAGCAUCUCUAGGAUUGAACGGUGUGCUCUUGGUAAAACCAGGUACACGGUGGCUGAAGCCAUUCAGCGUUCCCGCUGUGGGUACGCCGCCAGUUUAGAGGACAAGACUUCCUUUGACUCAGACUAUGAAAGCUCUGUGUCAUCGGGGCUCAGCAUCGACGCCACGGUGGAAGAAAGGCCCUUCCUCCGCUACCCUGAGACAGAUCUGUAACCCAGCUGUCCUCCCGUCUCACGCGUGUGGACGUUUACUCUGAUGUGCAUCACCGCACCCCCUCUUAGUCCUCUGAGCUCUUGUGAUUCUUUACCUCCAAGGACCAUUGUUUUAAUUUUUAUGGUGUCAUUCUUCCACUGUGACACUAAUUUUAAUUGAACUCGUACUUGGGAGUACUGUCAUCUUUUUAAAGUAUUGUACAAAAUGUAAAGUCAAUCUAAGAGUAAGUUCUUAAGUACGAAGCAUAUUUUAUUACCCUAAAGCUGCACUGUGGUCAUGAAGGCACGUUUUCAACUAUGUAAUUGUUUUUAAUGUAUUAAUAUUUUUUAUUUGUUGAAGGAUAAAUAAAUUGUCUUUUUUAAAGUAA